AUGCACGAAGAGAGCAACCUGCCUAGUCCCAACACUUUCGCCGCCAACGGCUUCGCCUCCACCAACCAGUCCACCGCCGCUCCAGUGCCAGGCUACGCACUCGAUCCGCUCCAAAUGAUGAAACGUGCCCCUUCCCAAUCUUACGAUGCCCAUACAGCCAGCCUAGGCCAUCUUGCAUCGCUGCCGAAUGCCCAGGUGCCAGACGCAGCCGCUAAAAAGGCGCGCUUUGUCUCGGAAGGCAACAUUCCAAGUCUCGCACAGCAAAACUUUGCCAAUGCGUCCGCAACUAAUCUCGGCGGGUUUCCUGGUGCAGCCGGCGCUUCUUCACACGCUCAAGCCGCUUUUCUCGGCAACGGUGCCGCUCCUCCAUCCCAGCCGCAGCCUUUUAUCGGCGUAGCUGGCCUUCAACCUCCAGGCAACGGCACAAACGGAACGCGAUCCUUUUCGGGCAACCUUGGCCAUUCUGGCUUGCUUGGCGCCCUGAACGGCCAGACGUUUGAUGCUGCCGGUCCAGCACCGUUCCUUUUGUCCAAUGCUGCCGUUCUGAACCCGGCUACUGCCAUGUUCCCCAACUUUGGUGCCAACUUUGGCAAUACGCCCGGCUUUGUCCCUAGCGUUGGCGUGCUUCCUGCCAUGUCGCGGCAGGUGAAUCCGCUCAAUCGAACCGUCUAUGUCGGCAAUCUGCCUGCCGACGCUUCCGUCGAUGAGUUGCUCAAUCUCGUCAAGUUCGGCCCGAUAGAGAACGUGCGCAUCCUACCUGAAAAGAACUGCGCAUUCAUCUCGUUCCUUGACGGCUCCACUGCCACUGCCUUCCACGCUGACGCUUGCGUCAAGAAGGUAUCGCUCCACAACCAAGAGCUCAAGAUCGGCUGGGGCAAGCCGUCGCAGUGCCAUCCUGCCGUGCUGAUGGCCGUGCAGCAGAAUCAGGCUUCGCGAAAUGUCUAUGUUGGCCAGCUCGACGAAAGCGCUUCCGAGCAGUCGCUCCGAGACGACCUUUCGCGCUUCGGUCCGAUCGACCAAGUCAAGAUUGUGCGCGACAAGAACAUUGGCUUUAUUCACUUUCUCUCGAUCCAGACUGCGAUCAAGGUGGUUGCGACACUACCCACGGAGCCAGCAUGGGCGGGCAAGAGGGUGAGUUAUGGCAAGGACCGCUGUGCUUACGUACCCAAGAGCCAACAGCAGAACCAGGCGCACAACAACCAGGCCGCCGCUAUGGGGUUGGCUGCGGCAGCUUCGCUGGGAUACCCUGCCGCUGCGUUCGCCGCCGCGGGUGCCAACGCAGCCGACAAUGGACGCUCAGCGGCAAGCUCUGUGUUCGGCCCUGCUGCCGCCAUGAUGGGCGCCAGCGCGACCGCGCUCGAGCAGCUUGGUAAUCGCACCAUCUAUCUGGGCAACAUCCAUCCCGAGACGACAACGGCCGAGAUCUGCAACCACAUCCGUGGUGGCGUCUUGCAAAACAUCCGCUUCAUCCCGGAGAAGCACAUUGCGUUUGUCACCUUUGUAGAUCCCAACGCGGCGUUGGCGUUUUUCCAUCUGGCGUCGUACUCGGGCAUCAUGAUCCACAACCGACGGCUCAAGAUCGGAUGGGGCAAGCACUCGGGACCUUUGAGUCCUGCGAUUCAGUUUGCCGUCCAGGCGGGUGGCUCGCGCAACGUCUACGUUGGAAAUAUCGACGACCCCGACCUGUUGACCGAGGAAAAGAUCCGCAACGACUUUUCGCAAUACGGCGAGAUCGAGACGGUCAACAGUCUGCGCGAGAAGAACUGCGCGUUUGCCAACUUUACCAACAUCCAGUCGGCAAUUAAGUGCAUCGAAGGCAUGAAGAGUCAUCCAGACUACCAGAACGUCAAGAUCUCGUACGGCAAGGAUCGAUGCGGCAACCCACCGCGAAGCUUGGGCAACAAUGGCGCAAACCAGGCUGAUGGUGGCAGGAAGAGGAGCGGUUCCAUGUCGCCCAACGCGUCGGUGCUGCAGAACCAAGGUGACGAUACCAUGGUGACUGCCAGCGAGUCGGUGCAAGAUUUGAGUUCGAUCACAGCCGAUGAUGCAAGUCUGCCGGCAGCAACACCAACCGCUCCGACAGCCAAGACGUCUCAGGAAGAUGGUCUGGCAUAA